AGGGUGCGUGGACACCAGCCCGUACAACCCCGGCAAAACGUUGGAUGACAUGCCUCUUUUGGCUGACUACUCAAUUCAUCACCAGUACGCAUGUUUUGGAGAGGACACACAAUUAUUUUUCACGAUAAAAAUACUGGACGAGGGCAGACUGUUACAAAUAGUGACCAACGAUAGCGGACACGGAACACAUGUGGCUGCAAUGGCUGCGGCCUAUUUUCCAUCAAAGCAAUCGACCGAGCCGGUCUCGGAGUCAGACUCGUUACGACGCGAUGGAGUUGCUCCGGGAGCACAAAUUGUUAGCAUUAAAAUUUCCGAUUCCCGUCUCGGAUCCAUGGAAACGGGGAUCAGUUUGCUUCGUGCACUGGUUAUCUCUGGAAGGAUUAUUGUUGUGAAUCUGAUGCGUCCUCGUCUGUUUCAAACUUCGCAGAAAUUGUUCUUCAAGAUACGCUGGACUGUGCAUCUCAAAUGCGACGUGGUCAACUACAGCUUUGGAGAGCAUUGCGUGUGGCCCAAUGUCGGACGUCUAUCAAAACAUCUAAGUGAGUUGGUCAACUCAUACGGCAUUAUCAUGGUUGCCAGUGGUGGUAACAAUGGACCUGGUUUAGGAACAGUGGGUUCUCCUGGAGCUUCUGUCGAAUCUCUUAUCGGUAGGUUUCGAUUACUCAUUAUGAUUUUUAUGAUCCGUUUAUCAUGGUACUUCUAA